AUGAAACGCCGCCAUGCAUCUUCCAGUAAAAUGGGAGAGACCACUGGUGGGGGAUCAGCAAAAAAACCGUUUAAAUCACAAAAUCAACAAGGGCCUUCUAGCAAAAAGAAGGGAACAGAUGGAGAAGGAAGAAAACAAGAUCAAAAAAGAAAGCAGGUCAUGCAGACGGUCAGAAGGAAAGAUAAGGAACAUGGGGACUGUUCCCCUGCAGGAGAAAAAGGUUCUUCAAAAAAGGUGAAACUAACCAGUGCUAAAGUAGGAUCUUGGCAGACUCUCUCAGAGAGCAGCAGGCAGUUUCUGGAAGCUGUAAUGGAUUCAGUAAUACUAUCUGUUUUGUGCCAACAACGUGAGAGAAAAGAUGAUGUUCAGAAGCACCUCAAUUUACUGAAAGGAAGGGUGCUGAGAUUUUUCAAGACGUUAAAGGUGCCUCCAGGGAAGCUGGGCAACCUGAAGAAUGUCCCGAGCCUUCAAAUGGCAGAGAAACAAAUGCUUGAGACAAAUGAAGAGUCUUUGGUACAAUUGCAGGAAGAAAUAAAUGAAGCUGAGCGAUCAGCAGAACGCAUUGAAGAAACUAUACAGCAACUGCAGUACAAAAUCCAGGUGCUGAAGAACCAGUUAGAGGAAGAUGAAAAAAAGGCCAGGAAGGUAUUCCAGGAAAAUGGCAGUGGAGCACUCCACCUUCCAGAACUCCCCAAGCGCAGUUUACAGGCACCCACUUUGCAGGAAGAAAUUUUGAAGAUAAAAAAUCAGAAAGGUCUUUUAAAGGAUAUGAACACUAUUCAGCAGUCAGCUGACUUGAAGAACAUGUUAACCCUCAUUGAAAAGACCUAUGAGAAGGUGGACUUGCUUUGAGAAACUGAAAUUUAGGGAGUCUCCUUCGAAGAAGAUAACCUAGGCCCGCACUCUGUGUUAAUGUAGAGCAGCAGGAUGCUGGUCAAGGAAACGGAGUUUUCUUCCU